GCCCCGGAUCUUCCUCCCACCACGCACAUUUCUGUUUGAGAACCCCCCGAGUCAUGGACCUCGUCGGGCUGCUGAAGUCACAGUUUCUCUGCCACCUGGUCUUCUGCUAUGUGUUCAUCGCCUCUGGGCUCAUCGUCAACGCCAUCCAGCUCUGCACACUGGUCCUCUGGCCCAUCAACAAGCAGCUGUUCCGCAAGAUCAACGGCAGACUGUGCUACUGCGUCUCCAGCCAAUUGGUGAUGCUUCUGGAGUGGUGGUCAGGUACGGAGUGCACCGUCUACACUGACCCAAGGUCCUCCCUCCACUACGGGAAGGAAAAUGCCAUCGUCGUUCUCAACCAUAAGUUUGAGAUUGACUUUCUCUGUGGCUGGAGCCUGGCUGAGCGCCUCGGGAUCCUGGGGAACUCUAAAGUCCUGGCCAAGAAAGAGCUGGCUUAUGUCCCAAUCAUUGGCUGGAUGUGGUACUUUGUGGAAAUGAUCUUCUGCACGCGCAAGUGGGAGCAGGAUCGGCAGACGGUCGCCAAGAGCCUGCUGCACCUCCGGGACUACCCAGAGAACUAUCUGUUCCUGAUUCACUGUGAGGGCACGCGGUUCACAGAGAAGAAACACCAAAUCAGCAUGCAGGUGGCCCAGGCCAAGGGGCUGCCCAGCCUCAAGCACCACCUGCUGCCUCGCACCAAGGGCUUUGCUAUCACCGUUAAGUGCUUGCGAGAUGUAGUCCCAGCUGUAUAUGACUGUACACUCAAUUUCAGAAACAAUGAAAACCCAACGCUGCUGGGAGUCUUAAAUGGAAAGAAAUACCAUGCUGAUUGCUACGUUAGGAGGAUCCCUAUGGAGGAUAUCCCAGAGGAUGAGGACAAGUGCUCGGCCUGGCUACACAAGCUCUACCAGGAGAAGGAUGCCUUUCAGGAGGAGUACUACAGGACAGGGGUCUUCCCGGAGACACCCUGGGUUCCCCCACGGCGGCCCUGGGCUCUGCUGAACUGGUUGUUCUGGGCGUCGCUGCUGCUCUAUCCUCUCUUCCAGUUCCUCAUUAGCAUGGUGAGCAGCGGCUCAUCAGUGACCCUGGCGAGCUUGGUCCUCAUCUUCUGUAUGGCCUCCAUGGGAGUUCGAUGGAUGAUUGGUGUGACAGAAAUUGACAAGGGCUCUGCCUACGGGAAUACGGACAGCAAACAGAAACACACAGACUGACCUGGGAAUGUCCCCCUCCAAAGGGAACCUUGGGGAACUGCUGGCCUCUGCCUAGUCUUCUUAGGGUUCAGUGACGGAGACUGGGGAGCUUUUCUGGAAUGAGCAGAAACCACAGCCUCUCCAUUCACAGAGUUUGUCUCAGCGCUGGACGGGAAAGGAAGGCAUUCUUAACCCUUUUCCCCUGUGUGAAUUAUUGCGUUUGGUUAUCGUUCUUUUCAAUUGCACACAUGUUUUUGUGUGUACGUGGUGGGAGAGGAGAAUGGUUGGUUGCGUGUACACUUGUGGCCCUGUGACAAUGGGGUCUGUGUGGCUGCAGGGAAGGGAAGAUGUCCCUGUCAUCCUGUGGUGCUGUGUCUUCUCUAACCCUCAAUUGCCAGAGACAGAGUGAACAGUGCUUUCGAGGGAUGACUAAGUUACACCUCCAAAUAAGAAAAAAAUUAAAGUGUCUGCCUGGGUU